GGAAGGUCUGCGGAGGGACUGCAGGGCCUGGGGAGAAGCCCGCGGGGGAUUGUGCUGCUGGCUCCUCUCCUGAGGCCCCUCCAGGGAGAGUCCAGCACCCCAAAAUUCGCCUGUGUCUGCUGUCUCUUGGCCAUGAGUGAAUUCCCAUCUUUGACCCCUGUGGGGUCCUUGGGGAUCCAAGUAAACAGAGGCCCCCAGAGCUCCCCAGAGGAGGUUCCUGCAGCUGCUUCAAAGCCUCGACACAGCCUGGGCAUUCUCCAUGUCUUCUACAGUAUCAGCCACCAAGCUGGGCCCUGGUGGGACUUUACAUCUUGCCGGCAGCAGUGGGACAGGCAGAUCCUCAAAGAUGUCUCCUUGUGCAUCGAGAGCGGGCAGGUCACGUGCAUCUUAGGGAGCUCAGGGUAUGGUGAGUCUGAAAGUGGCCUGAGCACUCAAGGGAAGCAUGCUGCCUCUCCCAUGCCAUCUGCACUCCAUGAAUUGGAGCAGCAGUCCAGCAGUGACCAGCCUUCCUGGACUUUGUGUCUCCUACAGGUGGACGCAGUCAUGGUGGAGCUGAGUCUGAGCCACGUGGCAGAUUGACUGACUGGCAGCUACAACCUUGGGGGGAUUUCCAGUGGCGAGCGGCGCCGGGUCUCCAUCGCAGCCCAGCUCCUCCAGGAUCCCAAGGUCAUGCUGUUUGAUGAGCCUACCACAGGCCUGGACUGCAUGACAGCAAAUCAGAUCGUUGUCCUCCUGGCAGAGCUGGCUCACAGGGACCGCGUUGUGAUUGUCACCAUCCACCAGCCACGCUCCGAGCUCUUCCAGCUCUUUGAUAAAAUUGCCAUUCUGAGCUACGGAGAGCUGGUUUUCUGUGGAACACCAGCGGAAAUGCUUGAUUUCUUCAGUGGCUGCAGUUACCCUUGUCCCGAACAUUCAAACCCUUUUGACAUUUAUAUGGACCUGAUAUCAGUGGAUACUCAAAGCAAAGAACGGGAAAUAGAAACCUACAAGAGAGUUCAGAUGAUUGAAUCUGCCUACAAAGAAUCAGCAAUUUAUCGCAAAACCUUGGAGAAUAUUGAAAGAACAAAACACCUGAAAACAUUACCAAUGGUUCCUUUCAAAACCAAAGAUUCUCCUGGAGCUCUCUCUAAACUGGGUGUUCUCUUAAGGAGAGUGACGAGGAACUUAAUGAGAAAUAAGCUGGUGGUGAUGAUGCGUCUCGUUCAGAAUCUGAUCAUGGGUUUGUUCCUCAUCUUCUAUUUUCUGUGGGUACAGAACGAUGUGCUGAAGGGUGCUGUCCAGGACCGCGUGGGGCUCCUGUACAAGCUUGUGGGUGCCACCCCAUACACAGGCAUGCUCAACGCUGUGAAUCUGUUUCCUGUGCUGCGAGCUGUCAGCGACCAGGAGAGCCAAGACGCCUUACACCAGAAGUGGCAGAUGCUGCUGGCCCACGUGCUGCAUGUGCUCCCCUUCACUGUCCUUGCCACCGUGAUAUUCAGCAGUGUGUGCUGCUGGACUCUGGGCUUAUAUCCUGAGGUUGCCAGAUUUGGGUAUUUCUCUGCUGCUCUCUUGGCCCCCCACUUAAUUGGUGAAUUUCUAACUCUUGUGCUACUUGGUAUGGUCCAAAACCCAAAUGUGGUCAACAGCAUAGUGGCUCUGCUCUGCAUUGCUGGGAUACUUGUGGGAUCUGGAUUAGUAAGAAACACAGAAGACAUGUCCAUUCCUUUUAAAAUCUUCAGUUAUUUUACAUUCCAAAAAUACUGUUCUGAGAUUCUUAUAGUCAAUGAGUUCUAUGGACAGAAUUUCACUUGUGGCAGCUCAGAUGGUUCUGUGACAACUAAUCCAAUGUGUGCCUUCACUCAAGGAAUUCAGUUCAUUGAGAUAAUCUGCCCGGGUGCAACAUCCAGAUUCACAACAAACUUCCUGACUUUCUAUGCCUUUAUCCCAGUUAUUGUCAUCCUAGGAAUAGUUGUUUUUAAAAUAAGGGAUCAUCUCAUUAGCAGAUAGUAAAGAACACUGCUGCUAAAAUGACCUUAAGCCCUAGAGGUGCAGGACUACUUUGAAUGUCUGAAAUAAGAAAGCCACGUGUUUCGUGAUAGUACAUCUUAAUUCUUUUUACUCCAUCUGUGCCCCUCAGAUCCA